AUGGCUCAAAGGUGCGAACAUAGAGAAUGGCUUGACAAUGCUAUUAGAAAUAAUCAAAUAAUCAAAUAUCAUUAUAAUACAUUUAAUGACAUAACGCCUAUCGGACACGGGACAUUCGGAAAAGUUUCCAGUGCAAUAUCUUCUGAAGUUAGAAGAAAAGUAGCCUUAAAAUCCAUCAAAAUUAAUCCAGAUUUUACAAUAGAGCUACUAGUUAACGAGCUCAAGCAGCAUAUUCGUAUUGGUUCACAUAAUAAUAUUUUAGAAUUCUAUGGAGUUAUUGAAGGUGAGCCAAGUGAAUUUAUACUUGUUCUCGAAUAUGCGAAUAAUGGUACUCUUAGAGAGUAUUUAUGCGAUAACUUUUAUAUAUUAAAUUGGGACGAUAAACUUUGCCUUGCAAAACAAUUAGCCGAUGCUAUAAAGUUUUUACAUUCAUAUGAUAUAAUUCACAGGGAUCUGCAUUCUGAAAACGUACUUAUUCAUGAUAAAAUUAUAAAGCUUAGUGAUUUUGGAAAUUCAAAAUUUGUUGCAGAUCCAUCAAUUCAAUUGACAAAGGGGUUUGGAUCAAUACGUUACUCGGACCCUGAAUUUGUUAGAAGCUCUCUAAAUUAUAGUCGAACUAAGAAAUCGGAUAUAUAUAGUUUGGGUGUGUUAUUAUGGGAAAUAUCGAGUGGUAGGGAGCCAUUUAAGUUUGAUUCCUUGCCCAAUUUACUUUCACAUAUUAUCUCCGGAUUAAAAGAAAACCCAAUUAAUGGAACACCAAAAGAUUAUGUGAAUAUUUAUGAAGAAUGUUGGAAAUCAGUACCAGAUCAACGACCAACUAUUGAAGAGAUUGUCAAACCAGAUAUAACCAGCAUUGAUUCUAAAAUUUUCCAUGAAUUAUGCGAAGUUUUAAGUUCAACAUCAAAUUCAGCAUUAAAUAUUAAUGAAGCUUUAAAUUUAGCAUCAAAUAUUAAUGAAACUUCAAUUUCAGCAUCAAACUUUGAUGAAGAACCCAUUAUAAAGAUCGAUACAAAAACUCUUGAAUAUAUAGAUAACAAUAUCAAAGAUCCUGAUAAGCAAUUUCUGCGAAAGCUAGUGCAGCUUUUUUUACAUGUUUCUGAAGAACCCAAAUUGCUUAUUAAUCAGAUUGAAGCUUUAAUUGAAGAUUAUGACGAAAAUCCAGAUAGAAUAUUUAAAAAAUUAUUAAAGCACCAAGGACAGCCAACAUUUGCACACUUAAUUGGGUUUUUCUACGAAAAUGGAUUUGGCGUUAAAGUUAAUAAGCAGAAGGCUCAUAAGAUCUUUUGCAUAUAA